CUUUUUAGGGUUGACUCCGCAGGACAUCACCGCUGCCGUGCUUUAAUUGGACCAAUCCGAGCGAUAAAUGCCUGAGGCGUCCGACGUCAUUUGGGUCUCCAUUGGAGACAACAUCAACAUUUAUCGCCGUCACCGCUACUGUAUCGCCUUCUAUUUCACCUUCCCCUUCCGUAUUCUACCCGUUUCGACGGAAGGCUCCACUAAUCAAUUCGACCUGUGGUCCGUCCUUGUUCUUAGCUUUUCAUCAAAAUGGACCCAUCAUCUUCCCAACACCCCUCUCAGGACUCCCCGAGACCGACCCAGAAUUUGUCCACCGGUUCGCGAGCGAGUCUGAGCCAUCGACCAGCCAGUCGGAAGCAAAGCUCAGACUCAACAUCCAAUAAUAAGAAUGCCCCAAUACCAGAUGAUGAGCAUGGGGCAGAUAUGCCCCUGACCAUGUCUGCUUCGGUCGUGCUAACCAGCCUACCGCGUGAUGCCCAUCAAGCGCUGGCAGAUGCCGAGGCCGUUGAUAAGGGGAAAGUUACAGUCCGCUUCCAACCUCUGGCUUCAGCGCCCAUACUGAAAAACAAGGUUUUCAAGAUCAGUGCCUCCCAGAAAUUUGAGACUGUUGUCAAGUUCCUCAGAAAGAAGUUAGAUUGCAAGGAGACGGACUCUGUUUUCUGUUAUAUUAAUAGCGUCUUUGCGCCGGGGCUGGAUGAGGGUGUCGGGGGCUUGUGGAGAUGCUUUAAGGUUGAUGAUCAGUUGAUUGUCUCCUACUCCAUGACGCCUGCGUUUGGGUGACGAGUUAUAAUGGUCCAUGCCAACUCACUGGAUUACAGAUAUAUCUAAUCCAACAAACACAAUUGAUGCAAAAGAAAGCUGACUGGUAUUGAAGCUUUUCAAAAAUUGAGCGAGAACAUAGAACAGCCAGCUGGGUUCUCCCA